GGCAGACGGACUGCGCCGGCUGGAGUUAUGCUUGAGCUCCAGGAAAGAUAUAUCUCCCCUGGCUCCCCCCUCGGUGCGCCCUCGCUGCUCUCCCCACUUCUCUUCCACCCACAUCCACUUUCCAGUCUCUUUUGGAGCAGACGAUAAGGACAGGCAGCCGUGCGUCCAGGCGCACCUCUGUGCAUCAUCAUUGGAUCCUUUACCAACUGUUUUUGUUUUUAAUUUCCCUCCUGUUUCUGGACUAAAAUGAAGACUCUUUUGGUUGUGAAGGGGGUUAGAGAGAGCCUCGCCACCUCUGUCCCUCCCCAAAUAUUUGGCAGCAGAUGCUGGUGAUCUGUGUGGAGCGGCUGAAUAAAUGGGAGCACUCUCCAAGGAAGGGGGGCUUGCAGCAAGCAGCGGUUUUCACUCCCGGACUCUGGUACGUGUCUGAGAAUGCACGGUCCACCACAGAGGAUUCUGCUGGUGCGAGUGCUUCUCUUGGAUUGAUUGCAGCGGAGGGAGAUGAUGCUCACAUUUUUGCAUUGACAGUUAAGGUCAAUGGAGAGAGCUGAAGGUCUGUUUUUCAUCCCACUUUCAUUUGCAUUGUUUUAAAAAGAGUCUCACACUUCGUCGGCUCCUCUUUGGAUGCGAACCCCCUCCAUCUUUUUCCUCUCCCUUUGUGGCCAACGCCGCAAAGUUAAAUGCUGGAUUCGGAUUUCAGCAACCAUUUUCGGCUGUAAAAAUGCUGAGCGGCGUCCUGUUUCUGAGCUUCCUCACGGUCACAAGCCUGACACCGUCUGAAACGGAGAGCCGGAAAACUUCAGCAUCGAAGGACAUCUGCAAGAUCCGCUGCGAGUGCGAGGAGAGGGAGAACGUCCUCAACAUCAACUGUGAAAAUAAAGGAUUUACCACCGUCAGUCAGUUCCAGGCGCCGGCGAACAAGAUCUCUCAGCUUUUUCUCAACGGAAACUUUCUGUCACGAAUCAGUGCCAACGAGUUUGUCAAUUAUGGCAACGUCACGUCGCUGCACCUCGGGAAUAAUGGCUUACAAGAAAUCCGCACCAACGCUUUUAAUGGGCUGCGUUUCCUGAAGCGGCUGCACUUGAACAACAACAACCUGGAGGUAAUCAAGGAGGACACCUUUGCAGGUCUGGAGAGUUUGGAGUACCUGCAGGCUGAUUAUAAUUACAUAAGCACCAUUGAACCCGGGGCGUUCAGCAAGCUGAAUAAACUCAAAGUCUUAAUUCUCAAUGACAACCUGCUGUUGGCGCUGCCCCCGAAUAUAUUCCGCUUCGUCCUGCUCACUCACUUGGAUUUACGUGGUAACCGGCUGAAGAUGCUGCCGUUCGCAGGUGUUCUGGAGCACAUCGGCGGCAUCAUGGAGAUCCAGCUGGAGGAGAACCCCUGGAAUUGUACCUGCGAUUUGAUCCCUCUCAAAUCCUGGUUGGACACCAUUUCGGUCUUUGUCGGGGACAUUGUGUGCGAGACGCCGUUUCGGCUGCACGGUAAAGACAUCACGCAGCUCAUAAAGCAGGAUCUGUGUCCUCGGAGGAAUGCUGGUGAGCGCGCGCACCCCCCCUCCGACUCUCACUAUCAAGGGGCCCUUCCCCCGACCUACCACCCAGGCGUGAGCACCCCCACCCGGGCCCCUAAAGCUUCCCGCCCUCCCAAAAUGCGCCACAGACCGACUCCCCGCAUCUCAAAGGACAAACACGUCUUUGGGCCCAUUAUGGUUUACCAGACGCGCUCUCCCGUGCCCAUGUUGUGUCCCAGUGUGUGUGUGUGCACAUCUCAGAACCCUGACAGUGGACUAAACAUUAACUGCCAAGAGCGCAAGUUGCAUAAUAUCAGCGAGCUGAACCCCAAGCCCUCUUACCCAAAGAAGCUCCACCUCACUGGCAAUUACUUACAAGUGAUUUAUAGGACUGAUCUGACCGAGUACAGCUCGCUGGAGCUUCUCCAUUUAGGAAAUAACCGAAUCGCAGUGAUUCAAGAGGGGGCGUUUGAGAAUUUAACCAACCUCAGACGGCUUUAUCUUAAUGGGAAUUACAUUGAAUCGCUGUCACAGUCUUUAUUCGCUGGUCUGCAGUCUCUCCAGUAUCUGUACUUGGAAUAUAACAUCAUCAAAGAAAUCAUGCCAGAGACCUUUAAUGCCUUGCACAACCUGCAGCUGCUCUUUCUCAACAACAACCUGUUGAGAUCCGUGCCGGACAACGUCUUCGGCGGCACCAUGCUCACCAGACUCAACCUGCGGAAUAAUCACUUCUCCUACCUUCCGGUCCGGGGCGUUCUGGACCAGCUGUCGGCGUUCAUCCAGAUUGACCUGCAGGAGAACCCGUGGGACUGCACCUGUGACAUUGUGGCGCUAAAAAACUGGAUGGAGUUGUCCAGUACCAGCGUGGUGGUGAAUGAAAUCACUUGUGACUCCCCUUCUAAGCAUGCGGGUCGCCUGCUGCGCUCGCUCCGGAAUGAGGCCAUCUGCCCGGAGCCAAGUGAGGUUCCUCCACUCCAGCAGGCGCCCCCCACAAAGGCCCCUACAUUAAUAACCCCUCAGACCACCGAACCCACGCUGCCCUCGCCGUCCCCUUCGUUUAGCUCACCCAGCCCCACUGAAUCCCGAAUUAGUUCCCCGGAGUUGCAUCCAGAGGUCCCUCUUUCAGUCCUGAUCCUGGGGCUUCUAGUUGUCUUCAUUCUCUCAGUUUGCUUCGGCGCUGGGCUCUUUGUAUUUGUCCUGAAACGGCGUAAAGGGGUGGAACACGUCCCAGCAGGCGCCAACAACUUGGACCUCAACUCUUUCCAAGUCCAAUAUGGAUCCUACAAUCCUGAACCCACGCAAGACAAAACAUCAGAGAGCCACGUUUACAACUACAUCCCCCCGCCCAUGAGCUCCAUGUGCCAAAACCCCAUAUACAUGCAGAAAGACGGCGAGCAGGUGGCGUUCUAUCGCAACCUCAAGGAGCUCAGCUUUGGCCCCCUGGAUGCAAAGAAGGAGGACGUCCUGACCCGCAGCCCGGGGGCCUACACCAUCAGCACAGUGGAUUUUAUGGAUAAAUCACCAACACCCUGUAGUGUGGCCACCCCAGAGCCUUCAGAGGGGUUGUACCAAAACUUGGGUGAGAGGCUCAACAAAGAGCUUCCCACCUCUGCGAACAUCCCCCCUUUUAGUUACAACUUUUGCACUUUACCCAAGAGACCUUGCAUCGUGCCCCCUUACGAGGCCGCCACGGCCCGGCGGCACGUCACCAACACAGACAGAGUAAACAAAACGGUACUGUACGGCACCCCCAGGAAAUACUACGGGGCUGAGCAACCGUCCAAAAAGAACGAGCACCCACUUCUGCUCCCUGGGAAGCUAAAAACAGAACCAGACUACCUGGAGGUUCUGGAGAAACACACUGCUAUGAGCCAACUGUAAAAUAGCGAAGGUAACCCCUCCCAGGAUCUGUGCAGUACUCAUAGUAAUCACGCUGUACUGUAAUAAUAGCCCUCUCUAUAUAUCUAUCUUAUCUAUCUGUGUUCAACCCUAUAUGAUUGACUGGAAUCAAAACGAAGCCUCUGAUGAUUUUUGUUUUCUGGUUUCAUUCGUUUUCUGUAAAAAAAAAAAAGAAAAAAAAGGAAAAUAAGAGGUAUAUUCAUACGCAGUUCUAUUUUUCUCCUGGAUCAUAUACAGCUGUUUUUAAAAAGACUGACGGCAGGUAAAGUGCAAGACUCUGUAUGGAUUUUCUGUGAAACACUAUGUUGUGAGACGCGUGAAAAAAAUACGACAACGGAAGAGGAAACGCUACAGAUGUAAAUAUGUAGCCUCUGCAGACCACGGGUGAGUGACGAACCACACGAGCAAAUCCCUCCUUUCCCCGGCAAAAUCUCACUCUAUUUACUCCAGAAUGUGCCUUUGCACUAAACUAUUUUAUCUCUGAUGCUCUCCGCAAAUUGGAUUUUGUUUUGUUGUUGAGGGGGGGACAAAUGCUGUAUUUUCAGGAGUCUUUAUGUAAAAUAGGAGAUUUAUUUGUCAGUUAAAGAAAAGAAAAAAAAUAUGAUGAAAAAAAGAUAUGAUUUAUCAUAUGACAAAGAAAGAUGUUAUUUUUGUUUCCAUCCAAAAAAAAAGUGUCUUUUGGAGAUGUACAACUUGUAUGCUAUAGGGGAGCAAUAUCAUGCGGCAAAAUUGCGCCAUUAAAUUUUCACUGAAGCACUUUGUCAAGAUCCUGAGCUUGAGGUGAUUAUUUUUGGAUACUGCCUGUGCUUGACCGUGAGUGUGUGCGCGUGUGAGUGUGUGUGUGUGUGUGUGUGAGAGAGAGAGAGAGAGAGAGAGAGAGAGAGAGAGAGCGAGCGCGAGGCACGCACUGCUA